UGUCGCGCUCUCGACGCUAAACCAGUGGUGCGAAGCUGUGAACUGAAGGCGCGUGUGUGCAACGGAUCUUUUUUUCCAUUUUCGAAACGUCGUCUGCACCCAACCUGCUGUGGGAAGGCAGACUUGCAUUCCCGUGUCGUCUGCUUCGUUUCUCGUGCGUCGUCUGCUAGCCCGCUGUCACCAGCUCGCGACGUCGUCUGCUCGUGGAGUAACACCUAUCUUAUCGAGCCGCCUCCAUCAGAUUGAGGGGAGUAGGAGGAAGGACAAGCCCGCUGGAGUGACAGAGGAGACCGCCAGGAGGCGGGAGGGGCGCCCAAGAUGGCGACGACUGAGGGUGGCGGCGGCAGCAUUUUGGAGCACGUGGCCGAGCACGUAGUCGAGCACGUGGUCGAGCACAUGGGCAAGAACGGGACGGCCGGCGGCUCCGAGCCGCUCAUGGAGGGAGAGGAGGAGGAGUACUUCCGGGCUGCCGCACCCAUACUCUUCCUCUUCGUCAGCUUCAUACUCGGAACGUUGGUGCGGUUCCUGCUGAAGCGUCUCAACAUCCAGAUGCCGUACACGGUGGUGCUGUUCGUGUUUGGCGCCCUGAUGGGCCUGGUGUCGCGCCAGUACGAGUCCCUGCAGAUCUACACGUACCUGGCGCGCAUAGACCCCAAGCUGCUGCUGCACAUGUUCCUGCCCAUACUGAUCUUCGAGUCGGCAUUCGCCAUGGACGCGCACACCUUCAUGCGCUGCUUCACGCAGUGCAUACUCAUGGCCGUGCCCGGACUGCUGAUCUGCGCCGGCCUCACGGCCUUCCUGUCGGUGAACCUGUUCGUGAGUUACGAGUGGGGCUGGCACAGCGCUUUUCUCUUCGGCUCCAUCCUCAGCGCCACCGACCCUGUGGCCGUGGUGGCGCUUCUCAGGGACGUCGGCACAUCAAAGAUCCUGACCACGAUCAUCGACGGCGAAGCUCUGCUCAACGACGGCUCAGCCAUCGUGAUCUACGAGGUGCUUGUGGAGCUUGCCGUUCCAGGAAGAAGCAUGACAGCGGCCGACAUUGCGUGGAUGUUCUGCCGCAUCUCGUUCGGCGGGCCGCUGCUGGGAAUCCUGGUGGGCAAGAUGUCCGUCUGGUACCUGUCCAAGGUGUUCAACGACUCGGUGAUCGAGAUCACCAUCACGCUCAGCGCGGCCUACAUCACCUACUACCUGGCCGAGACCGUGCUGCAGGUGUCCGGCGUGCUCGCCGUCGUCGCCCUGGGCGUCGUCAUCAGCGCGAACAAGGUCAGCAUCAGCCCCGAAGUCGAGGAGUUCGUCCACAGCUUCUGGGAGAUGCUGUCCUACCUGGCGAACACGCUCAUCUUCAUCAUCGUCGGCAUCGUGAUCACCGAGCGAUCGGUGUCCUUCAUCGAGAAGAACGACCUUUUCCUCAUCCUGAUCACCUACAUCGCCAUCACCGUAUUCAGGUUGCUGAUGAUCGGCAUGCUGAGCCCGAUCCUGACUCGGCUCGGCUACGGCCUCAAGUGGCAGGACGCCAUCAUCAUGACCUGGGGCGGGCUCAGGGGCGCCGUGGGCCUCGCCCUGGCGCUGUCCGUCGCCGAGAGCCGCUACAUCGACAGGGCAAAGAUCGGCAACAAGAUUCUGAUUCAAGUUUCAGGCAUCGUGAUCCUGACGCUCCUCGUCAACGCCACCACGACCAAUUUCCUCCUGAGGAUUCUGGGCAUGAACGCCCUGUCGGCGUGGAAGCAGUCGAACAUGGUGAACGCGGUGCGCCACCUGCGCGAGGUGCAGAAGCGAUCGCUGCAGGUGCACCGCGAGGACGUGUUCCUGACGGACGCCGACUGGAAGUACGUCGAGCAGUACACCGCCAUCGGGAACCCCUACAACCCCAAGGACAGUGGCCAGGACGCGGACGACCACAACACGGCGUGCAACAGCGCUCUGCCGGCUUACAUGUUCCGAAAGCUGAGUCACGUGUCGCUCUGCCCGGACUGCUCAGAGCACCACCUGUGCCAGCCGUCGCAGCAGGAGAAGGACGAGAUGCUCAACGAGGCACGCAUCCGGAUGAUCUCGGCGCAGAAGGUACAUUACUGGCGUCAGUUUGAGUCCGGACUGCUGCUGCGAGACAGCGCGUCGGUGCUCGUUUCCGCCGCGGACGCCGUCGCUGACAAGCCUGACCAAUUCAUCACUGUGAAUGAACUACGGAAGAACUGGGAGGUCAACAGAGUCUACAAGUGGUUGCAAGACCACUUCGUGGACCCCGUGACGGAGAAGCAGACGUAUACGGAGACGCGCUGGCGCGAGAAGAUGCCUACCGAAAAGUGGCGGCGCCCCUUCUUCGUGGCCACUCAGCACGCGACGUUCAACUUCGUACUCACCCUCGUGCUGGCCGCCGACGUCGCCUGCACCAUCGCCGAGCUGGUGCUGCGCGUCGGAAGCUGCGGGCAGUGCUUCGCCACCUGGGUGCUCCGGUGGACCAACCUAGCCUUCGUCACCUUCUACUUCUUCGAGCUCGUCUUCAAGUUGCUGGGUCGCGGACUGCGAGCGCACUUCAAGAGUUAUUGGAACAUUGUGGACUUUGUCGUGCUGUGGGCCUCGGUCGCCUCGGCUGCCAUCGAACUGGAGAUGGAGCUCGCUGGAUCGUGGUACUCGCCGUACAUUGUCGCCAUCCGGUUCUGCCGUGUCAUACGGCUACUCCACAUCCAUCGCCUGCUUCGUGUGUUCCUGCCUGUGGGAACAAAGGUGGCUGGUGUGGUGACUCAUCGGGUGAAUGAGCAGCUCACGGCUGGCUACGACAUUGGCCGUGGCUUCAUGAUGGGCCAGUAUGAGGUCAGCAAGUUCCUGGACCACAUGGUGGACUACCAGCCAAUCGCCGAGAAGCUUAGAAAGAUCUGUGGAGACAGCAGGCUAGAGAUUGUCCGUGAGCUGGCAGCUCUUCAGGAGAAGUAUCCCAAGGUGGCAGUGGCAGUGAAAACCCGCCGUGCUGUGCGUCACGUCCUCAACACAACCCGUGAUGAGCUGAUUGAACUAAAAGAGGCCGGCAUGCUGGACGAUGGCGUUUUCCAUUCGCUCAUGGAGUCCAUAGAAGAGAAAAUGAUGCGCCUACACUCUGCACCCACAAGCAUUGUACCAGCACCACCCACUGAGCUGCUCAGGAAUGUCAACUGGAUCAAGGGCAAUGAGGAAAUGUUCAAUUAUUUCAAGGAGAGGGCAACGCUACAGACCUUCCCAUCGGGAUGGAGCAUAGGCAAAGAGGGUGAUGAGCCAAGUGGAAUCUACGUCAUUGUUUGUGGUGUCGUCAAGGUGGAAGGCAAGGUGACGGAGAACGACAGCGGUAGCCUGCCCAACACAGAUUCGUACCACUGGUUCGUGAGCGAGGGGCAACUCCAGGACUUGCUGACCGUGGGAGCCAUCCUCGGCGAGCUGGGGGUGCUUACGCGCAAGCCCCGGCAGACGCGCGCCACCUGCGACACGGACGUGCGAGCCUUCCACCUGAGCCAGGCAGUCAUGCUCGAGGCGCUGACGCGUUUCAAUAGGCUACCGUCACUGGAGUACCGUCUGUGGCGCAGCUGUGCGCUCAAAGUGGCCCGCAGCAUUCUAACCUUGGAGCCCAAGUAUGAGAACUGGUCUCAGAACAAGCUGAUGAUGCACCUGGACCAUGCGUUCCUGCCCGACUUGAGCGCGGUGAACAGCUACCUGGUGCGACCCUCCAUGACGGACGUCAUCCUGGUCCAGGGCGUGGCUACCGACGUUAACAACUCAGAUGAAUUCCUCGGCCCUGUCUGCAUUCCAAGCUCUGUCUACUCUAUCACUAUCAGGAAAAACGUGUACAACGACCGCACAAUCCUAGUGAUUGUGGGAGAUGAGAACUUCAUGCCAGAUGCCAGCCUGGACUGGUCCGGCACCGGUCAGCAGCGGCGAGCCAGCGUCAUGAACAACUUCGGCCUGUGCCUGCUCCACGACGUACGCCGGAGGCAGUCCGUCAUGAUCGACAGAGGUGACGACGAUGAAACUCGAGUGCGGUCAUGGUCAGACAACUUCCGGCGGCGGUUCAUGUCGAACGCGGACCCUUCCCAGCUGACCGCCGGCAAGCGGCGUCUCUCCAUGUUCAGCACCGGCGACAAGCUGGGUCUCGACAACCCGUCCUUUGUCACCGACAAAAACGAUCACCAGAACGAGGACAAGCCUAAAUCUUGGACCGACAAAUUCCGGGUACGCUUUGGUCCGACCGAGCAAGCUUCGGGCAACCUCAAUGCGAGCAAUGCGCACGACCGUAACAACCGGCGGAUGUCCAUGUUCUGCCGCAUGGAGAGAAUCGACAGCUAUGGCAACGUGAACGACCUGCAGGACAACUCGGGGCCCAAGACACCCGAGAUGCAGAGCAGAGCGAGCACUAAGAGCAAAAACAGCAUUGCCAGUAAGGACAGUAAUGUCAGCAAGGAUAGCGGCAACAGCAAGGACAGCAACCCCAGCAACGGCUCGACUCGGAAGUCUGUACCCGAGAUUGUGUUCAGCCACUUUUGAGCACAUGACAACAACACUGGGAGACUUGACGAGUGAACCAAGUGGUGUGGGCGCCGAGCUUCUACACAACUACCAAGGAGCAUCACCACUUCAGAGCUAUCACCAGAAGGAAUCGACGCCAGACAACAUUUGCUGGUGCACGUCCAGACGGAGUCGAUGACAUCACUCAGUGACUGUGCAGUUGCGUACACUUUGACCAAGAACAGUUCGUCGGCUUUGUCAUUGCUUCGCAACUACACGAGACUAUGCUGCGGUGGUGACAAACAGUUCCACCCUUGUCACAUGGACGGUGAGAUUACAAGUGCCGCUAGAAUGAAAGACGCGCCACACAUUGAUCAGUGGCAAAGACUGCUUUAUGACCUAGUCAAGGUCGGGAGGUGACUUGUAGGUCACAUAUCGGCUGCCGAGACGGGCCCUAUGAGCAUUUCGAGCCGAAAGGCUGUUCCAACUCCCUGCUGAACGAAAAUCAUUCUGCCAUGACGUUAUGUCUUUUGGUGGAACCUCUUCCAAACCACUUGCCUCUAAGAGAAAGGACAGGCUUAGUAAGGUCUGUAAAUUGGAAACAGACUUCCAGCAUUGUUAUAAACAAAAAAAUUUGUCUGAGAGCAAAACACCACCUGGCUGCUUUGCUCCGUCAUUUUCGCUUUCCACUUCUAGGUGGCGCCACUUGCCUUUGAAAGCCUUUUGAGUGCAGCGAGCGUGUUUCCGAGCUUAUAAAGGAGCACCUAAGCCUUUUGUGUAACACUGAAUGAUGGGCCUGCUCUGAAGGGCAUAGAUCUAGGAUGCUCGACUUCGUAGCACCCUUUAUUUCUUACUGUUGAAGAGACUAUUUGACUGUCACGUUGAAACCUCUCGACAUAUACCUCAUACGUGACAGCCAACUCACGGUGAUACAACUUGUCUUGACAAUUUUCACUCAUCUAUCGCAGAAGAGGAGCUUAGGCUGAUCAAUGUACAAGUAGCCUAGCAGAAACGCAGUGCUGGUCAAACCGCUCGAAAGAGCCGUACGUAGUCAAAGCCAGUGCCAAGCAUAGCUACUAUACUUGUGCGUCUCACGCGAACAAUCCUAGAUGUCGGUGACACACUUAAGGGGGGCUGCAGGCUGAAAAUGCACAUGCUUUGUUCUUUUUAUGUUUGUCCAUAGCAUGCACAUCCAUUGAAUAUGUGUCGAAGUGUCUAAGAUUCAGACCGUUGCCUAGGUACGUUACACCGACAGUAAGCCAAAAUGGCAGCUGAGCAUCUAAAAUUUGUUAUGGCUUCAGUGGCCGAAGGACUGCAGACCAUGCACCAUAAAGAAAGCUGCACAUAAUACUGUGUAAUAAAGUGGAACUGGUUGUGUAAGAGGCACAAAGCACGUAGCACAGUUCAGGCUAACCUGAACAGUAUGGCCACACAUGACUCCAUGCUGAUCUUACAAAUGCAGCACACACAUAUCAUGGCAUCCGAGAGGUCACAUGCAUUGCUCCUAGAGGGGCCCUGACCCAACAUCUGUUAAAAAUAAGCACUUGAACCGCAAUCAGACAUAGCCUACGGCCUGCUCGAAGCUCACAAUAGAGAGACUCUGGUUUCAGAAAGCCGUGUUUUGCACCUUGUUAACUUACAAAGCAUUGCUUGGACCAGCAGUAUCUGGCAGCUUCUUGUAACAUGGCAACUUGUAACAUUUUUUUUUAAUGCUUGCCCUGGGUGCUACAAACUUUUCAGGGAUACAAACGCACUACAUUAAAGAUGAUUUAAUUAAUUUAUACAAAGCACACAAGCAGCGACAAAGUUGGCACCACAAAUAGUGACAAGCAACACACUGCUUUCAGAUCGCAGACUUUUUCAGCGACUGUUCCAGGGACUUGUCUGUAUGAACUUGCCUUAAGCUUAUACCCAUGUUCAGUCUUUUCACCAUCAGAAGACUUCCAACGGAAGGUUCCAGGACUGGCAAGCGAAACCUUUUAGCAAACAGAAUUCACUUUUCGUAAAACCGAUGUAAUGUUCGUAAAUUCGUAAACUUUAGAUAAAUUCAGGAGACUUGAUAGGAUACGGACAUCUAACAGAGAUGGGUAGCAUACCAAGCUACAAGCAUUUCUUUAAUAAAAUUUAUAUUUACUGAAUAGCCGGUCAGCAUGCUCAGAAAGUAAAAUCACCAAAGGCGACUAAUCACAAAUGCGACGCCAGGUGAUCAACACCCCCAGGUGCAGACAGUACUUGCACUUGCCAGUCUAUAUUGCAUUUUCAUUAGUUUUACAUUAAAAACCUACAUAACUACCAAUUAUCAACUAGCCAGGACAAAUAAUUUGCAAAAAGCCAACUCAAACUGAAGUAGUGCCUCUGUUUCCUUGUUCGUUUUAUUUACCCAGCAAGUUGUUUCCUUUAUCUAGACAAGCAACGUGUUGUUGCUGGAAAAGGAGAUCAAGUGUUUAUUAACAUUCUAGGCCCGCAUUCAUUAAACAUUUCAAAUUGGCAUUUUCUUACCUUAUUUGCCAUGAUGGCAAGACUAUUCAAGCAACAGUGGCCAAUCACAUACGGCACUUGCAGGUACUGGUCCUGAUCACUACAUGAACUGCAUUGAUUGAGAAGCAAUUUUCAGUAAAGCAUGCGACAGCUCACUGGCUUCGUUUGCUGGUAAUAGAUGGUGUUUGUCAGGGCUCCUUUUUAGGACUUGUUUUGUUUUUGCUGUAACAUAUCUUGUUAAGUUUGACUUGUCUACUUUGUUAUUUGUUUGCAUUGUUUGUGCCUGUUCCAUGUUGAAAUGAUGCACAUUGUACUUAUUAAACUGUAUUACACAAAUGUGAAAAAAA